ACAUCACUAGGAUUAUUUUAUAUUCAAUUUCUGCCAAUAGAUCCCUUUCACCUAAAUCUUACACAUGUGUAAGAUUUAUCGUGUGUAAGAUUUAUCUUGUGUAAGAUUUAUCUUACACAUGUUACACAAGUGUAAAUCUUACACAUGUGUAAGAUUUAGUGCACUGAACCUUUAACUGUCUACAUCUUGUACAGUUCGGCCCCCUAGUGGACAAUCAGCUUCAGACACUGAACACUGCUACGCCACACUUUUCCCUGUCUGAUAUUUACUGUGAAGACCCUCCACCUGGGCACCAGGUUGACCUGGAGUGAUUUGACCAAAAAGUAUAUCAAAAUAACAAAUAUUCCUAUAGUUAAUACCGAUAAUUAUCACAAUAAAUAUCAUAUUAUUAUUUCUGUUAGGUUUAAGGAGUUUUUGCUCCUGAGUGGAGCACUUCGUUAUCAGCAGAGAAUGACAAACACUUUAUAAAUCUGAGGUAUUUAUGUGUUAUAUGUCCUCACUGUACUUGCACAAUGUAUGAGCAUUAUAUUGACAUGUAUUGAACAUGUGUUAAGAAUUACUGUGCGAUAAUUAUUGAUAAUGUUUUGUCGCCCAGCCCUAGCACGAGGUGAAUGUUACCAGUGGUAUGAACCACACAGGCCACACAACAAUAAACAUAUACAAUAAACAAUAACAAUAAAGAGUACCUAUGUUGCUGUGUAUGUCUAUAAAUAUAAUAGAAAGCAAAGUUACAACCUUUGCUUAAAAUGCUUUGAUUUAAUACACAAAUUUAAAAACUCUUCAACUGCUGCAUAUAUGUUUUUCAUUUAAUUAAUAUUCUCGUGCUGUUUGUCCUUCACUCUAUAACUGCUACUUCUCAAAAGUCCCCCACAGUAUCACAUGUAAAUCUGCACUCAUUUCCUGUGUUUGUGUUUUAUGUAAGAAUACAGGGUGUACCAUGUUGUAUAGACCAUAAGCCCCUCGAGGUUCCAGGCUCUGUAAAUAAACUGGACUUGAAAAUGCUGCUCUGGGUAAAAUAUGAUUUUUUCAUAAAUGUCUAUGAGAUGAGGACAUUCUCUUCAGAGCAAAUGUUAUACCGUAGCUUGUGGACCACAAGACAGGACAACUAACACUGCCGUCAUUUCAGAGUGUAAAGUUUUUCCCCAUUGUGCAACAGCCUCAUUAUCUUGUUGUGACUCAGGCUGCUGAGGUCCUCUGCACCACGGACGCUCAGAUGACCUUUGAUACAGGACAUAGAACAGGCUCAACUUUGAGGGAACAGAAAAAAAAUACAGGAAGAGCUGAGCUGAGACUCCCCGUUGGUGUAACCCGAUCUGGAGCAACCACCAAAUAUGCUUCCUGAGUGUGCGAUUGCUUAGAUUCUUGUCAAAUCUGGAUUCUUGUGCUACGUGUGGCCUUUAAAAGAAAUGUUCUUCUUUUGAGUCAAGGGUUGUACGAUGUUAUCAUUUAUCAAGUCGUUUCUACCAACUUCCUACUUCCUACCGGGAUGGUUGAUGCUAGAUACAAACCCAGUGGAUAGUUUACUUCAAGGACUGGUAGGUGCAUGUGGGAUCUCUGUGCUGUGCUCCUUGAUGAGAGUACACUUGUUUUUAGUGGAAGAGAGCUCGAGUGAUGAAAGUGAUGAAGGAAGGAAGAGGAGGACACCUUGUCGUGAGAGGAGAACUAAAACGGGACUUACUGGGAUGCUCCAGUUUUUCAUUGUGACUGGGAUACUGUCCAUUGUGGGCUCCCGUGUGGCGUCCUUGGUGGUGUUAGAAUUUUGUCUUCGGACUGUGUCUGGAUUGGUCACAUCUGGACGAGAGUACAGGACAUGUUUGCAGCAAGUGUUGGUUCAAAGCCAGUUCUCAGUGGGCUGUGCCCUAAGCUGCAGUCUGCACUUUCUCCACGAGGGGGCGUCCCAGCGCUGGCUAUGUCUGCUCCUGGCAGCGGCACUCAGCUGGUUCCUGGCUCGGCAGGCCACCCGCAUGAUGUACCAUGUCAUGGCUCUGUACAAACUCCACAGCUCGCAGCGCUACUGUGGCGUUUGCAUCAGCCUCCUCUCAUCGGGCCAGUUCCUGCUGCCCAUGCUGUGCAGGACAAUGAUCCUCAUCUUCACCGUGGCUGCGGUGGCCUCUGUAUCAAUCAUCAAUCAACACUUCCUGUCUGCAACAGAGGCCCUCAGGUUCUGGACACCACUGACUAUCUGUUACACACUGUUGGUGGUGUACAUGCAGGACGCGCAGCAGGGUGCGUCUGGCAGCGAGGUUGUGCUGAACACAGUGAUGGUGCGUCUCGGGGGCUUGAUGGUCCUGAUGCUGACGGUUGGACGCUGGGCUGACGUGCUCCACAUCCUAAUGUGUUUCCUGGGCGAGGCCAGCUGUCUAAUCCCCACUAUGGAUCUGCUGGAUGCAGCAUCCUCACAGAUAUGAUGCAGAGGAUUAUUCAGAUGACGUCGAAAGAGAGCAUUGGAGAAGACCUCGGGCUUAAGAGAAGGAGCGUGGGAGAAAGCCACAAGUGACUUUUACAACUAACAGCACUUCUAACUGACUGAUUUAGUCUCUGUAUUAUUAGGGCAACACAAGCGAUUCAUGCUUUUAUACUGUGAAUGUAAUAUUUUUCACUAAAAUGCCAAGAGGUGCAAUUUCAAUGUGUGAUGUUUCUUAAACUCAAACUUAGUACAAUAGUUUGCAGCUCAGUCUUGAUAUUAGAUUAAGAAGAACCCAGAACAGAAGCAUGUUAUAUAUUUAUUUUGAUUUGGUUGAACAGCUUUCGUUGUCUCAAUGUGAAAUUGUUGUGGUAGCCUCAGUAUAUUCAGCCACGUAUAACUUUUCUCAAUAGGUUUUGGAGAUUGCUUUACUUGAUGUUCUUGACUGUUAUUACCUUAUAAAUCUCAUUUCCUUUCUGGUCGUUUCACUAACACAAACUCUGUGUUAUUGUUAUUCUAUGACUCUGCAUGACCUCUUGGAGAAACUAGCACAGUAAUCUUGGAGGUAUUUUAGCCACCAACUCCUGGCAAGAUCCACUAUUAAAUAUUGUCCUUGUUUGGGUCUAAAACAAGUUUGUAUUCUUUUCCAUGACCAUCUGAGAGACAGAAAUAAUCGAGGUUUAAAGGCCCACAGCUGUUGCUAUAAUCAACUGUAUCCGAUGAGCUAAUUCUUAUUUACCCACUAAUUGAUCUGCUGUAAGAAAUAAUAAUAAUAAAAGACUUUCAGCUUAA